GCGGGCGGCACUCCCGCCACCUCCCACGGAACCGAUUGCCGGGCCACUGGUGGCGGACGGCACCGCACGGACGGAGUGCUCUACCUGGGGUCCCUGGCCGACACUUUGCCCCUUCACAUCACCCCCCGCCGGUUCAGCGAUCAUAGCGAUAAGACUAAAGAGAUGAUCAUCGACCCAAGAACAAGAGCCGCAUAGACCCCUGUUUAUUGAUGAGACUGAGGUGGAGAGGGUGAAAACCUUCAAGUUCCUUGGCACACACAUCAGCGAGGACCUCACCUGGUCUCACAACACCCAACAAAUUCUGAAGAACCAAAGGAGACUGUACUUCCUGAGAAGACUGAGGAAAUUUGGCAUGUCCACCACAAUCCUGAGUUGCUUCUACAGAUGCAAAAAACUCUUGAAUCUUUAAUGAUUUCUGCCACACUAGACCACGAGACUAGAUUAGGAUUAGAUUAGGACUUUAUUCCCGUAGAAUUAGGACUUUAAUACCAUAGAAUUAGGACUAAUAUUAGGACUUUAUUCCCAUAGAAUUAGGACUUUAUUCCAUCAUAUUAGGACUUUAUUCCCAUCAUUUAAAUUCUUUAUUCCCAUAGAAUUAGGACUUUAUUCCUGUAAUAUUAGGACUUUAUUCCCAUAAAAUUAUGACUUUAUUCCCGUAAUGUUAGGACUUUAUUCCCGUAAUGUUAGGACUUUAUUCCCAUAAUAUUAGGACUUUAUUCCCAUAGAAUUAGGACUUUAUUCCCGUAAUUUUAGGACUUUAUUCCCGUAAUCUUAGGACUUGAAUUAGGACUUUAUUCCCGUAAUUUUAGGACUUUAUUCCCGUAAUCGUAGGACUUUAUUCCAAUAAUAUUAGGACUUUAUUCCCAUAGAAUUAGGACUAAUAUUAGGACUUUAUUCCCAUAGAAUUAGGACUUUAUUCCAACAUAUUAGGACUUUAUUACCGUAAUAUUAGGACUUUAUUACCGUAAUAUUGGGACUUUAUUCCCAUAAAAUUAGGACUUUAUUCCCAUAAAAUUAGGACUUUAUUCCCGUAAUAUUAGGACUUUAUUCCCAUAAUAUUAGGACUUUAUUCCCACUGUUUCUAAAGUGCUACACAGACUAGUAAAACCACAAAUAAUAAGUAAAUCAGGGAAUGUAAAUGUAAAUAAUAAAAAUCACUACUGUAAAAACGAAAAAAUCCAAUAAAUAAAAACAAAGAAACGUACAAUGGUAAAAUAUUUAAACAAAGUAGAAACAAUAAAAGCAAAAAAUUCCAAUAAGUAGGUAAAAAAAUAAAUAAGUAAAUUAUAUUUAAGAACUAAAAUAAAUAAAACAAUUAAAACAAAAAAAGAAUAAAAGACACAGAGGACCACACGACUCACGCCGAGUUAAAAGCCACAGAAUAAAAGUGGGUUUUAAGACGAGACUUAAAGCUUUCAAUUGUGGGGGCUGUUUUUACAUAAGGGGGGAAAGUGUUGCACAGCUUUGGACCGACUACAGAAAAGGCCCGGUCUCCCCUGGUCUUAAGUCUGGUCUUAGGCACCACCAGUUGGAGCUGGCCUUCGGACCUCAAUGUGUGCGCUGGAGUGUAGAUUUGGAUGAGGUCCGAGAUGUACUGAGGGGCCAGCCCAUUCAAAGCCUUAAAAACAAACAAUAAAAUCUUAAAAUCAAUCCUAAAACGCACAAGCAACCAGUGCAGGGAGGCUAAAAUUGGGGUAAUGUGCUCCCUCUUUUUGGUUCCUGUUAAAGCCAUGCUGCAGAGUUCUGGACUAACUGUAAGCGAGAGAGUCAUUUAUGAUUUAUUCCUCAGUAGAGGGCAUUACAGUAGUCCAGACGUGACGAAAUAAAAGCGUGCAUGGCUUGUUCACAAUGUUGCGAUGAUAAAAAUUAUUUGACUUUAGAUAGAAGCCUAAGAUGAUAAAAACAAGAUUUUACAAAGGCGUUGAUUUGUUUAUUAAGUUUAAAAUCACUAUCAAUGAUGACGCCAAGGCUGGUGGCUGUGGGACUGACUUGAUCCUUGACGGGGCCCAAGUCCAAGUGGGGGUCAUUAUUAUUAUUAUAUAUAUUUUUUUUUAUUAUUAUUAAGGAUGAUAACUUCUGUCUUCCCCUCAUUGAGCUUUAAAAAAUGUUGAGCCAACCAGACCUUGACGUCACUUAAGCACUCAAGAAGGGGUGUCGGGGGGGCAUGGUCAUUUCUUGUAAUUGGUAAAUAGAUCUGGCAGUCAUCUGCAUAAAAGUCAUAGGAGAUGCCAUGCUUUUUAAAAAUGGUACUAAAUGGGCUAAAGUAGAGAGCAAAUAGGAUGGGCCCCAGGAUUGAUCCCUGGGGGACUCCACAGUCCAGGGGGACAGUUGACGAGGUGGAGUCACCAAGUCCCACAGUAAGGCAUCUCCCUGACAAGUAAGACCUGAACCACUCAAGAGCAGCCCCCCUGACAUCCACACAGUUUUCCAAGCGAGAUAAAAGAAUAGUGUGGUCCACUGUGUCAAAGGCAGCAGUCAGGUCUAAAAGCACUAAAAUGGCUGACCACCCAGGAUCAGUCAUUAAAAACAGGUCAUUAAAACCUUUCAAAGUGCAGACUCAGUGCUAUGAAAGGCCCUGUAACCUGACUGGAAGGUGUCUAAAAUCCCAUUUUCAUCUAGAAAAGGCUGCAUCUGUGCAAGAACACUUCUUUCUAAAAUCUUUGAGAUAAAAGGUAGUUUAGAAAUGGACUGAUAAUUUGAUAAAAUUAGAGAGAGAAGGAUGUUGGCUAAGCUGACAUCCAUCAUGGACAACACCUUUCACCCGCUACAUGACACUUGUUUCCCUGGGAAGCUCCUUCAGCAGCAGACUGUUACACCCACGGUGUAAGAAGGAGAGGUUCCGCAGGUCCUUCAUACCAACCGCUAUCAGGCUCUACAACACCUGAGCCAUUUUGUAUUCACUAUGUCACUAUGCAUUCUUUACUUGUGUAUCUUGCUUGCUGCUGUAACAGAUGAAUUUCCCUGCUGUGGGAUUAAUAAAGUACUACUACUACUACUACUACUAAAAUUGAAGGAUCCAGACCUGUUUUUUUAAGCAAAGGUUCAACAGCAGCCUUUUUACAAAAGGAAGGAACAAUACCAGAGGACAGGCUGCUGUUGAUGAUAUUGCACACAUAGGGGCCAAUAGUUGCCCACACCUCGCUAAAAAAGUGAUGGGGAACAGGAUCAAUGGGAGAGGAAGAAGGCUUAAGACCAUCAACUACCUUGGUAAUGAAGGCCAGCGACACAGGUUCAAACUGAUUAAAAACUUUAGAGCACUGUGUCACUGUAGACAAAUUAAAAGAGGGGGGUGAUAUACUGGCUCGUAUAGACGCAACCUUAUUAUUAAAAAAGUGCAGGAAAUGUUCACAAGUGUCAGAUGAGACUUGGAUACAGACAAGCGGAACAUAGCGCUCGGAAAAAAAAAAAGACAAACAAUCAACUAUUAAAACAUGCGCAAAUUAUCUCGACACAAAACCAGCAAAUUAAACACUUUAGACGCCUAACCAACCCAAACUGGAAGAUCUGGAGGAGUACAUCGACGGGUGCUUCGAACGUGUAGUUAUGGGAAAAUCACCGAAGACACCAAACCCCAAACGGAGCCGUCCGGAAGACUCACCUGGAGGAAUAUCUCCGCCAGGCACUGACAUCAAAGACAUCCUUGAGUCCAUCUACAAGAGGCUGAUUUGCUUGGACGGCCGCCUCGCUCUCGUCGAGGUACUUCACAAAGAAUUCCAGGCCAUCCGUGAAUCUCUGGAAUUCAGCCAAAAUCAGAUCGUCUCCUUGGUCACGGAGAACGCCACCCUCCGCGAGUCGGUGAAGACCCUCACCGAUGGAGUUUCACAACUCGUCCAGGAAAACAAGACCAUGAAGGAGACGAUUCUAGACCUCCAGGCCCGGAGCAUGAGGGACAAUCUGGUCUUCGCGGGAAUUCCCGAAAAAUCUGAGGAGGACCCGGAAGAAGCGGUGAGGGCCUUCAUGGCGCAACAACUCAAACUCCCAGCGGACGCCAUCCAAAACAUCACUUUUCACCGCGUUCACCGCCUGGGAGCCAAGAAGCCAGAGAACCGUAGGCCGAGACCCAUCGUGGCGAAAUUCGAACAUUUCAAGCAGAAGGAACAGGUGAAGGGCCGAGGCCGGGAGCUGAAGGGGACGGACUUCAGCGUCAACGAUCAAUUCCCCCGAGAAAUCCUCGACAGGCGCCGACGCCUGUUCCCUGUUCGGAGGAAGUUCAUCGACGAGGGAUGCCGAGCUGUCAUCACGGUGGAUAAACUCUUCGUCAAUGGACAACUUUACCGCGACCAGGAAGUAACACCGUGGCUGUAUUGAUAUGGUAACUAAUGAUCUAUCUCAACCAGGUAACUUUUCUUUCUAUCUUGCAGCGCGCACACUUGUUGUUGCAUGUUACUGUCUGCUUCCACUUUACCCCUCCCCCCCGUUUUUUUUUCUCUCUCUAUCCCACUGUAUGUAUGCACAGCCUUUCUUCUUCUCUUUCUUCCUCUUCUAUUCCCCCCUCUGUCUCACGUUUUCUCCCCUCCUCAUAUUGUCACAUAUCCUCUUGUCUGCCAGCUGUCUCCUUCAUCAGCAUCUCCUCACAGUGACAUCAUACACCCUCAAAGUCCAAACCCAACCAAAUUCAAGCUAUUCACUCAAAUACACACACGUGCACGCAUUCUCCUACACAUACACAUCAUAUUCCACUAUUGAUAUGGAUAUCACAACUACUCACAAGCACGCUCAUCUCACUUAUGCAUAAACCCACAUCACGUCCUCACUUUAGUUGGCUUAGUUCAUUCAGGAUUACUAUGUUACACUUUGCCUAUGUACAAAUUAAGCAUACAUUUAAAUGUACUGUGUAUACUCCCAUUAAUUUUACUUCCAGGUACACAUACUUUGCAUUUGAUCUUGUUUACACACACAUCACCAAAAGCUAGUGUAGGAUGAACUCACUACAGUUUGUCACUUGGAAUGUCAGGGGAGUUGGGUCGAUAGAAAAAAGACAAAAAAUGUUUAAUCAUUUGAAGAACACCCAAGCAGACAUUGUCUUAUUACAAGAGACUCACAUGUCCAAGUCAGCUGUCCAUACACUUCACUCACCACAGUUCCCACACACAUAUUUAGCAAGUUACAACUCCAAACAGAGAGGGGUAGCUAUUUUAAUUAACAGGAGGGUGAAUUUUACACUCCACAACACUAUUACAGACACAGAAGGGAGAUAUAUAAUAAUGAACAUAUCUGUUGAUAAUGUACAUUUCUGCAUUGCCAACAUAUAUGGUCCGAAUGUUGACGACCCCUCCUUCUUUCAUGCCUUCUUUUCUUCUCUCUCUGCACAUUUGGAUACAAGUAUGAUCUCGGGAGGGGACCUCAACUUAGUAUUUAACCCAGAAGUGGACAGGUCUAGCCCAGCUGGGAGACAUCGUGAGUCUCAAUCAACAUCGAUACUGAAGAAAUACAUGAAUGAUUUUGGUCUUUGUGAUGCUUGGCGCUCUUAUCACCCUACUCACAGGGAAUAUACUUAUUUCUCACCAGUGCACCACACCUACUCUCGUAUUGACUACUUUUUGACAAGCAACUCAGUCAUAUCAGACAUCUCAAACAUUCACAUACACCCUAUCACCAUUAGUGACCACGCCCCCGUCUCUCUUUUUCUCACUAACCAAACAAUGAGCGCUCCGACUAGAUGCUGGAGAUUAAAUACAUCAUUACUAAAAGACUCAGACUUCCUAAAAUACUUUGAAAGAGAGUGGACAAUGUUUUUAGACUUCAAUGACCAACCCGGUGUUUCGGCUAGUAUUCUGUGGGAGGCAGCAAAAGCAGUAAUGCGCGGAAAAACCAUUUCAUAUUCAUCAUAUAAGAAAAAGAAAGAGAGAUUACUAGAAUCAGAGUUGGAGAAAAAAAUCCAACUCCUCGAAACCGCUCAUGCUGACUCAAAGGAUGAGCAUAUCCUAAGUAACCUAAGGAAACUGAAACUAGACUUAAAAGAAAUUACUGACAAGAAAAUUCAGUUCCAACUGCAGAGACUACGUUUGGAAAAGUUUGAGCAUGGCAAUAAACACGGAAAAUACUUAGCUAACCAACUAAAAGUCAAUAAAGAAAAAAGCUCUAUCUCCUCCAUUAGAAACUCAGGAGGUCACAUCACUCACCUCCCGGAAGAAAUUAAUUCUGUCUUUAGGAGCUUUUAUAAAAAUCUAUAUACACCUCAGAUUAAACCAUCUCUCCCAGAUAUCAAAACAUUUCUCAACAACAUAGAAUUACCAAAAUUAAAUGACGAACAGGUGACCAACUUAGAUGUACCCAUUUCAUUCAUAGAACUCCAUAACACUCUACACCGGUUGCCGAAUAAUAAAGCACCAGGACCUGACGGUUUCCCUGCCGAGUUUUAUAAAACAUUCUGGUCAUUACUAUCUCCAAUAUUUCUUAGAAUGGUUUUGGAAAUUAAAGACAGUUCAUGCUUGCCUCCAACCAUGAACUCAGCUACAAUCAGUUUCCUGCUGAAACCGGAUAAGGACCCAACACUACCUUCCAGUUAUCGUCCAAUUUCACUGAUUAAUGCAGAUCUUAAAAUAAUAUGCAAAGCGUUAGCUAUAAGGCUGGAAAAAGUUACCCCUCAUAUAAUACACCCUGAUCAAUCAGGAUUUAUUAAGGGGAGAAACUCAACUAGCAACGUAUGCCGUCUAAUCAAUCUGAUUGAUUACUCUAUCAUCCAUAAUUUAGAAACCACAAUUGUCUCAUUGGAUGCUGAAAAAGCAUUUGACAGAGUAAACUGGAAAUUUCUCUUUGCAACACUACAAAAAUUUGGCUUUGUAGAUUAAUUUAGAACAUGGAUUAAAAUACUAUAUAACACCCCGAAGGCCUCUGUUCGGACCAACAAUCACAUCUCUCCAGAAUUUACUCUACAAAGAGGUACUAGGCAAGGGUGUCCACUCUCUCCCUCACUAUUUGCUAUCUUUAUCGAACCUCUUGCAGCUGCAAUUCGACAACAUAUAAAUAUUAAAGGGAUCCACACCACAAAUGUUCAUCAUAAGAUAAGCCUUUAUGCUGAUGAUGUAUUACUCUUCCUGGAUAAUUCACAUUCUUCACUUCACGAAUCUAUCUCACUCAUUAACAAUUAUAGCACCUUCUCAGAUUACUCCAUUAACUGGUCUAAAUCCACAGUACUGCCCAUUAACUUUGGUUUCCAGAGCACCCCCUCUAUACCACUGUGUUCAGGGAACAUUAAGUAUUUGGGUAUUAACAUUUCCUCCAACCUGUCAGACCUGAUCCGCUUGAAUUAUACUCCAUGAUUGAAGUCAAUAGAGGAUGAUCUUGCACGUUGGAGAACCUUGCCCAUCUCACUUACAGGCAGAGUAUCCACCGUGAAAAUGAUGAUUUUACCAAAGGUUAAUUAUCUAUUUUCCAUGCUCCCCACUAAACCAUCUAUAAUUUGGUUCAAGUCAUUAGACUCAUAUAUAAAUAAAUUUCUUUGGAAAAAUAAGCCAGCACGAAUAAGUCUCAAAACAUUACAAAAAUCUAAAGAAUAUGGGGGCUUAGAACUCCCAAACUUCUCCAACUACUUCCUUGCAAACAGGUUACAGUAUAUCUUAAAAUGGAUCAACCCUAACCCAUUGGAUUAUUUAUGGCUAGACAUAGAACAAUCACUUAGCCACGAAAUUCCAAUUUGUAACCUGCCCUUCAUUAGCCAAAUCCUCCGAAAAAAUAAUUGUUUUAAAAGUAUAAAUAUAAGCAACACUCUGACAGCUUGGUGGGAAUUUUUAAAAAUAACAAAAUUCUCGCUCACUCCUUGCCAAUACACUCCCGUCUGGAAUAAUCCUGACAUCUUGCUUAAAAAGAAACCAUUAAAUUUCCCAACAUGGCACGAAAAAGGAAUAAGUUGUAUGAAAAAUAUAAUUAUAGGAAACAACUUUAUCUCAUUUAACGACCUUGUUACAUAGUAUGGAAUAAAUCAUAACAAAUUUCUUGAAUACAUAGAAAUUAAAUCCAUAAUUAAAGCAAGUUUCAGGACCAUAUCAUGGGAAAGCAAUACCACUAUUGACCAAUUUUUAAAAAUAUCUGCCCCUAAAACAUUAUCUAAAUUAUAUAUUCUACUUUCAAAAAAUGACAACACAAUCGGAGUACCAAUCUCCAAAUGGAGCUUAGAUUUAUCUACAAGCUGUGACCCUGAAUUCUGGAAGCAAAUAUGUCUUAAUGCUUCCCGGUUAAUCAAUAAUCCCAACCUACAGCUGAUUCAGUUUAAAAUCCUUCAUAGAGUACACUACACAGGACAUAGAAUGUUUAGAAUGGGUUUAACUGACUCUAACAUCUGUACACACUGCUCAGACCAUAGAAUAGAUGACUACUUACACUCCAUGUGGACCUGUGCUCCCAUUAAAAAUUUUUGGCACGGAGUGUGUGAGUACCUAUCUUUGGCACUUGGGUUCUCCAUUCCUACCUCCCCUUUACUAUGCCUGCUGGGCGAUCUCUCCACAAUUGAUGUAGAAACAAAUCAAACACAGCUUCUCAUCACUGCAUUAAGCAUCGCCAAGAAAACCAUUCUCAUCAAUUGGAAAUCAAGGAAGAAAGUGAACAUAGCUCUUUACAAAAAUCUUUUGUUAGAUCAUAUAGCUAUGGAGAGAAUGUCUGCUGAAUCUAAAGAACAAAUGUCAGAAUUUCAGUCUAUAUGGGCACCAAUAAUUAAUUCCCUGACCUGACCUUUGUGGUUUGCGCGUGGGGGCGGGCGGCGUGGUGUCCAUCUGCGUGGU